UGUUUCGUAGGUUAAGAAAUAAAACUGUUUGAUUCGAAAUUUUGUACGUAGUUUUGAAAAUGUUCUGUAUUUGACUAUUUGUCUCUUAAUGUUUAAGUAAAUAUACUAUCCAACGGAAUACUUAUUUUUACUCGAUCAAAAUGUUGAAAAGUUGCCCAGAUCCAGUCGAUGUUCAAGAUAUUUUGUUCAAAUUGCGAUGUCGAUUAAAAGUAUUUCAUAACGAGGACCUCGAUAGUUUCUCCAAUUCCCCGAGCUUGAUUUCCUGUGCCAGUCGAUAUGGAUUACUUUUUGUUGGCACAAACUCCAAAACUUUGCAAGCCAUACAAUUAAAUUGUACUGAAAGUUAUUCUACUAAAGAUAAAGACAUCAAUAACUACCCUCGAAGAAAUUUGAUCUUGCCAUCUCCACCAACUCACAUAUGUGUGAACUGUGACAGCACAAUCCUUGCCGUUGUGGUGCAGAAAGAUGUUUGUCUAGUUGUAAUAUUCCAUGAUGUGUUGUCUUUCUAUAAACAAACUGUGUCUGUUAUAAAAGAGUUGAGGUUAUCAUCAACUCCAGGUGUAACUGUGCUGGAAGUGAACUGGAACCCUGCUCUACCAUCAAUAUUUACUGCAUGUAAGAGUGAUGGUACUUUUGGAGUAUAUGAACUCAAAGGUAAUGCCAUUGAUAUCAAUGAGCUUCCCACUGCUGCAGAAACUACCUGUUUCUGCUGGAGUCCAAAAGGAAAACAGAUUGCUGUGGGCUCGAAAAAUGGUAAAAUCACCCAGUACAAGCCUGAUCUCAAAGCAGUAAAGGUUAUUAACGAGCCUCCUCUGGGAAGUCCACAUUCUUUGAUAUCCUUACAGUGGGUGUCCAACUAUCAGUUUAUUGGAGUAUAUCACUCUUCAGAACCAGAAGGGCAAUCAAAGCUGAUUGUAGUAGAUGCUCCCAAAACAGGUGAAACUAGCUAUACAAACUACGAUGACGUAUGUUAUAGUGGAAACAGUAGGAUUCCACAGUUCUACAUGAUAAUGCAACAACAUUGGAAUCUUCUGAUGGUAGCAUCCUCUAAUAGUACAGAAAUAGGAGUUCUGGGCUCUGUAGCUGAUACCUGGACCCAGUGGAUAAUUUCUGAUUCGGCAAGGGCAGAACUCCCCUUGGAUGCCAAGAAACAAGACACUCUUCCCGUUGGGUUCGCUUUAGAUAUUAGCCCAUCUAAACCUGUGCCUUGGGGUGAAGGAACCAUACCUCCUUGCCCAUAUCUUUUGAUUCUCUCACAUCAAGGAAUAUAUACACUGGUUGUUCAACCUGAGAAGACAUUAUCUUCUGGAACUUCCCAGAUGACUGUAUCAAAAACUCCAAUUUUCGGAACACCACAACAAGCAGUUUCAUUUGAAGCAAAAAAUGUUAAUAGUCAAUCUUUGAUCAAGAGUUCCUUACAGCCUCAGACAUCUUUGUUUGGAUCUUCAGUGUCGAAACCAACUGCUUCCGAACAUCAGCUGACCUUCUCAAAUCCUGGUGAUUCAUUAUUCGCUCCUAAAACUGAAACACAAGCACUUUUUUCUGGACAACCUUCAUUUUCCUUAACCAAAACUUCUCAAGCAUCCAGUUUUACAAUAGGUGACACUGUCAUAAUUCCUGUUUCUAAAGUACAAACUCCUGAAAUUACAAACAGCAAAUAUUCUUCAAUUUUAGCCGCCCUCAACAAUCCUACUUCUACACCUUCAACUCUGAACAAACCAGUCAUUAUUUCUGAGUUACCUCGUCAUGUUUCCACUUCUAUACCCACAUCAACUCAAGUUAGUCCAUUAACAUCCACACCUCAGGCACCUAGAGAUGAAGUGAAGGUUAUAGCGAAACCUGCAAAACAAAUAUCCGAUCCAAAAGAAACUGUUGAUGAAAAGGUGAAACAAGAAACUGAUGCUAUCAUAGCGAAAAUGGUUAAAGAUGAAUGUUUAGCUUUGGAAUUUGAACUAAAAGCUUUGCUACAUCAAGGUAGAAAAGUUAACAUCAAUAUUGGAAGUGACCAUGAGAAAAUUGAGAUGUUGAAGCAAAUGAAGUUAUUAGAAGAAUUUAUUAAAGAAAUUGUUGAUAUCAGUUGUGGAGAAUAUGCUGAGGUUCACAAUCUAAAACAAAACCUUAUACUUUCGUGGGCUUGGUACGAAGAAGCAUUGUCGAGAUAUAAUAUUUCUAAAGAUGAAACCAUGACUCUUCUUUUGAAGUCACAACCUCUCAACUCUGCAUCUGAAAAAAGACAGUCUGACAUGAGAAAACUAAUUUACUACCUGGAAUCCCAACUUUCGCAGGUCAAUAAGGCUCUGGAUGAACAAUGGGAGAAAUUUCAGGAUUAUGCUAAAAAAACACACCGAGUACAGAUGCCCACUAUGGAGGCUAUUUUUCAAUCCAUGGUUAGCCAGAACGCAGUCCUACAAAAACAAAGGAGAACAAUUCACUUUCACAAAGAAAAACAAACUUCGCAAAUUUCUAAAAAUUCAUGAUGUCACCCAUGUAACUGUUGUAAAACCUCAGCUGAAUUCCACUUUGUCUGUUUCACCUACAAGUAAAAACAAAUAUAUUUAUUCGAUACUUGGUGCUCAGAUGUCCCCUGUGAAAGCAAAUGUUGCAAGAAAUUUGGAAUUUACCCAGUCAACUCCAAUUAGAGAGAUUAAACAAGAAAUAAAGCCUACAAGUGUUCCUCCAAACACUCCUGCACACACAGAAUCCCAAAAAACUUUCACUUUCAGAAACACAAGUAUAUUUCCAAAAAGUGUCGCCAGCAACUUUUCACAAAGUGUUGAUCAAUCGAGUAUUCUUCCAGCUACGCCUUCUGCUUUUAUUCCUGCUCCUCAAAUCACUAAAUUUCCAAGUUUUGUUCAGGUCUCUGAAAAACCUGAUAUCACUUGUAAUAUCUCCACCCCUACUUUUUCCUUCUCCCCAUCAACAAAUGGCACCCUGCCAAAGACAAAUAAUGUGAAUGUCACUGAAUCUUUACCCUCGUUCAAACCAAGCUCCUCCCAAUUCAAUUUAGGAAACAGUAUAAGUGUUUUGCCAAAUAACCAAAAAUAUGAUGCAGAAAUGAGUAGUGCUAAGUCAUCUUUCAGUUUCAGUAUUUCCAAUAUAUCAGAUCCUAAAGCUAACCAAAAGACAACUCUCACUAGCAGUUCAACAUUUGGAACUAUUACUCAAACGAAAAAUGCACCCACAAGUACUUUUUCAUUUGGAUCGGUGGAUAGUACGGUGGUCUCUUCUACUGAGAGCAUUGCAAAAAGUGAUAAUGGUAGUGUUUCUAUCUCAAAUUCUACCCCGUCUGUCAUAAAAUCAACUAUAUUUGGUUCUAUUCCAUCCGUAAAUAAGUUAGUUACUUCAAGUUCUAUUACAACUGUUAAUCCUGUCCCAACUACGAGCUCAACUCCGAUUUUUGGCCAAUCAUCAACAACUAUUAUUUCUUCCUCUCAUUUCACCCCAACGGAAACUACAUCGGUUUUGCCGGGAAAAUCUGAAACCGGAAGUGUAUUAUUUGGCUCAAGGGCAGUUUCUACUUCAUCUUUAUCCAGUACUGCACCAACGGCAUCAUCUGAUACGAAGGUUUCUGCUUCUAAAUCUAUUUUUGAUAAUAUUGUCACACCUAAAGAUUUUACUCCUACUCUGGGCACUAGCUCUACCAGUAAUCAAGGUAUUUUUGGUAGUGCAAAUCCUUCUGUAAAAGAUGUUACUUCAACUUCUACAAGUUCUAUUUUUGGAUUGGGUAUUACUCCAACGACUACCAGUUCUGAGGCUGCCACCUCAGUAUUCGGUUCUAAUACAAACACGACACCUAUAAAGGUACUCAAUGUUUCUACUAUUCCUGCUGUACCCAAUACAUCUAUAUUUGGAAGUAGUAGUACUUUAGCUGCAACUACUUCAUCUUCCAGUUUUGGAAUUGCAAUUACGAAUAGUGAUACAGCAAAAUCAAGUAUGUCAACGCCAAUAUUUAUAAUUGGGAAAAGUACACCCACAUCUACAGAAGCAUCUGUUCAGUCACAAAAGUUAGAGGUACCACCAGUAACGACAGUUUCUGGAGGUGUUCUUGUAACCACCAGCCAGCAAGGUUCAAUAUUUGGUGAUGGAUCAAUAUUCAGUUCAGGAACUACUGUUAAUACGCAACCGUCAGUCUUCGGUACAUUAACUACAGCUAGCACCCAACCAUCAGUUUUUGGAUCGGUAAGUAGUGCUAGUUCUCAACCAUCAAUAUUUGGUACAAUAACUACUACUAGUACUCAGUCAUCAGUAUUCGGUACAAGUGCUGCUACUACUACUCAACCAUCCAUUUUUGGAUCAGUAAGUGCUGCUAGUACUCAACCAUCAAUUUUUGGCUCAGUAAGUACAGCUAGUACUCAAUCAUCCAUUUUUGGAUCAGUAAGUACAGCUAGUACUCAAUCAUCUAUUUUUGGUUCGGUAACUGUAGCUAAUACUCAAUCAUCCAUUUUUGGAUCAGUAAGUACAGCAAGUACCAAACCAUCAGUUUUCGGUACAGUAAAUACUGCUGGUACACAACCAUCGGUUUUUGGCUCAAUAAGUACCACAAACACUUCACCAUCAAUUUUUGGAUCAGUAAAUACUUCAAGUUCCCAACCUUCAGUUUUUGGAUCUGUUACUACUCCUAGUACCCAAUCUUCGAUUUUUGGAUCAGUCAGUACUCCUGUUAGUCAAUCUUCCGUUUUUGGUCCUGCAUCAGCGUCUCAGCCUUCGGUUUUUGCAUCAGUCACAACCGGAUCGCAAAUAUUUGGUAAUACAGCUUCAACACAGUCUUCACUUAGCUCCCCAUUUGCUCAAUCUGGCUCCAUUUUUGCUACUCCAAAGACUACAUCUAGCACUUUUGGCAAUAAUUUUGGAAAAACCAGCAUUUUUGGUUCAACCCCUGCUAUUACUACAGCAGGAGAAUUUGGCCAAAUACCAUUUAGCUCCACACCAGCACCAGCUUUUGGAACGCCUACGACAUCGAACAGUGUUUUUGGUUCCGCUGGAACAAAUUUCGGAUCUGUUAGCUCUUCUUCCAAUAUUUUUGGAUCUGUUAGCUCUUCCUCCAAUCUUUUUGGAUCAGCACCAAGCUCGUCGACAUUUAGUUUUGCACAAACCUCUAGUAAUGCUACAGCUGGCUCAGGUUCAUUUGGUUUUGGAAAUUUAAGUGUGGGUAAUACUGCUACAACAAGCAGCAGCAUUUUUGGAGGUGGAAACAGUUUUGCACAACGAGAAACGGUAGCAGCAAAUCCUUUCGGGAGCCAAACUAGUAUAUUUGGUAACGCACCAUCUACUUCCAGUUCAAUAUUUGGAACAAAUUCGAAUAACACACAAACUGGUUUUGGUACUUCAACCUUCGGUUCAUCUUCAUCUUUUGGUCAGCAACCAACUUUUGGUCAAAAUACCUUCGGUGGUUCUUUUGGUAGCUCUCAGGCUGGACCUUUCAGUACGGGAGGAACAGGAGUUGGUCAAAGUGGGUUUGGAACACCUGCUAGUUUCCAAAAACCUUCAGGGUUCAGCGGAGCACCUGCGUUCGGAGGAUCCCCACAACCGGCUUUUGGAGCUAGUCCUAGUUUUGGAGGAGCACCUGCCUUUGGAGCAGCACCAUCUUUUGGAAGUCCAACCAAGGUGUUUGGAUCUAAUACCCCAACAGCUGCUUUCGGAUCUGUUGCUACUGGUAGUCCUGGUUUUGGAAAUAUAGCGAGUCAAAAUACAGUUGGUUUCGGAAACUUGGCGCAAGCUGCUACCUCUACAGCAUCUUUUGCAGGAAACUCAUCAUUUUCAAGCUGGAGGUAAAAACAGAAAUGAAAGUCACUUAUCCGUUGGAAGAUCUUAGAUGAAGUUAAGAAUAAAAUUUAGUAUUAGUUUGGCUAUGUCUUUAUUAAAUAUGUUUAUUCUUGAAAAUAUGAACAACAUUAUCACUACCACCUGAAAUUAAAUAUUUUUUAUUUGA